AUGAACAUUCCUUUUUAUGAGCGGCCUUACCACAUCAUGCUUGAAGAAGCGCCUGUUCAGCUCUCUACGAAGACCAACCCAGGGGCUGUCUGUUGUAGAUACACAGUUAAUAGCCAAAGUCGAAGAGGGUGGGAUUGGGGGAGGAGCCUAAAAAGUCAGUGUUUAGUUCAAGCCCAAGGUCGUGCCGCCGCCAUGAGCGCCAUGUCAGGAAAGCGCCUCUUCCGCCCUUGGCAGGACGACGCCCAGUCCCCCAAGAGGGUCCGACUCUCUCCGCCCACUGCACCGCCGACACCGCCGCCCUCAGUGUCUCCUGCGCCCUUGUGCGACGCCAUCAAAACUGAAACCACGCAGCACCUUCUGGUCCCCGCGCUGACCCUCGCCUCCUCACUCAGCACCGCGCCCCUCUCGCCGCCCUCCGACCCCCUCGCGGAGGACGCCCACAGCAGCGCCGCAGCACGUCGGCCCCGCCCCAAGAAGUUCUCGUGCAGCGAGUGCGGCUCCACCUUCAGCAACAAGGGCCAGCUGAAGGGCCACCUGCGGAUCCACACCGGGGAGAGGCCCUUCGCCUGCGACCACGAGGGCUGCGACAAGCGCUUCACCCGGAACGAGGAGCUGACCCGCCACCGCCGCAUCCACAGCGGGGCGCGCCCCUUCCCGUGCCCUCUGUGCGACAAGCGCUUCGGCCGGAAGGACCACCUCAAGAAGCACGUCCGCACGCACCAGCGACAGCCGCUGCUGCCGCCGCACCCGCUCCUGCACCACCUGCAGCAGUUCCAGCUGCAACAGUUCCAGUUGCACUAGGCGAGUGCCUCAGUUGCUGCAACCCUCGUCCGCCCGGUGAAGCGCCGCUGCUCCAGUGAUUCCUCCAGCGCAUCCUAAUAACACAAUUAUUUGCAAAUAAUAAAUUAUUUGAACUAGA